CCAGUCCCACCAGUACAAGGGUUUAUAAAAGCACACAGGUGUAGCACUGCGAAAGGUGUCAGAACACUAAGUACAGUUCAGAGGACACACCAGAGACCGGGCUGAGAGAGAGAGAGCGACAGAGGGCAACCGUGGUGCAACACAACUUUGGAUUUCCACAGUGUACACACUGACAGAAGACAGGACCUAAAAAAUGAUGUUUGGCAUCAGGAAGCGCAUCCAGGACCACCUGGUGGAGCGAAGAAUCCGCCGAACCCGGCUGGUGACCAAAUAUGGCCAAUGCAACAUUGAAUUUGGUAACAUGAAAUGCGGCAACCAGUUUGCCUUCCUCGUGGACUUCUGGACGACCUUCGUGGAGUUCCGUUGGCGCUUUGUCCUCUUCUUCUUCACCGUCUCGUUCAUCCUGAGCUGGUUCAUCUUCGGACUACUGUGGUUCUGGAUCGCCUGGAGCAACGGGGACCUGACCUGGCAGAACCCCUCAAAAGGCCACAAGUACUGCGUGGAAAACGUUUCUGAUCUCAUUACAGCAUUCCUCUUCUCCAUGGAGACACAGACCAGCAUCGGGUAUGGUGUACGUGUCAUCACCCCUCACUGUUCUGGUGCUGUAACCCUCAUCAUUACCCAGUUUCUCAUAGGUUCCAUCAUCAACUGUUUCAUGUGUGGAAUCAUCCUAGCCAAGAUCUCCAUCCCUAAGAAAAGGGCCAAGACCAUCACAUUCAGUCAGACAGCUGUCAUCUGUCCUAAGAAAGACUUCCUUUGCCUCAUGAUAAGAGUGGCCAACUUACGCAAGACCCUGAUGAUCGGGAGCCAGAUCUAUGGCAAGUUGUUGAGGACAACCAUGAAACCCAAUGAGGAGACAAUUAUCAUGGACCAGGUGAACAUUGAGUUCAUGGUGGACGCUGGGAAGGACAACCUCUUCUUUGUGUGUCCUCUCACACUCUACCAUGUGAUUGACAAGGCUAGCCCUUUUUUUGAGAUGGCAGUGGACACACUCCAUAAGCAGGAGUUUGAGCUGGUGGUCUUUCUGGACGGCACAGCCGAGACCACCAGCUCAGCCUGCCAGGUCAGGACCUCCUUCAUCCCUCAGGAGAUCAUGUGGGGUUACAGCUUCCUGCCAAUCAUCUCCCGCAGUAAAGAGGGCAAGUACAGAGUGAACUUCUCCAACUUCUCCAAAGUGGUGCCCGUGGCCACUGCACAUUGUUCCUACUGCUUCCACAACAUGAAGGCACACCACCUCCACUGCAUUAACGGAAUCGACAACAGGGAAUUUGAAGUGAAUGAUAACUUUAAACAACCUAAUAUGACCAAGAUGUGAGUUUAUGUGGCCUGAGGAACAGAAGACAGUUAUAGGUUGUACACGCUUAGAAAAAAGGAUGCUAAAGGGUUCUUCGGCUGUGCCCAUAGAAUAACUAUUUUUAGUUCAACAUUGCAAAAAUUACAAAUCUGAACAAGGCUAAUUUUCUUGUAUUCAUACUUUAAAAUCAUAUUAUCUUAUUUUAAGAAUUAUUUCCUUAUCAAGUGCUAACUGUGUUAGACUAUGUAGCUUGUUUUAGGAAUAUAUGUCUUGAGUUGUCUUACCACAAGUUAAAUGAGACACAUUCUUGAGGGAACAGCUUUUUGAAGCUGGAAUCUACUGAUCUACAAGAAUUUGAAGAUAUGUAGGCUUGUUCUAAGAAUCACACUUGACGAGACUAUAAAAUUAAUAUUUGUAUUAAAAUCAUUUACAACCCAGAUAUGAAACAAACUGCUUUUUUC